AUGCUGAUUUGCUUUAUAUUCAUUCUGCUGAUACCUGAAAGUGCAACUUGUCCGACGGAAUGUCUCUGCAUCGACAGAUCGGUUUCUUGUAUUGGACAAGGGCUCACAGAUGUUCCACUAGGAAUCCCAAAUGACACUGUUAGACUAGAAUUGCAAGAAAAUGAGAUAACCAAGAUAGGCGCCGAAGAUCUUCGAGGGCUGGCUAGCUUAAAAGUUUUACAACUCAUGGACAAUCAACUAGUUGCAAUUCACAAUCUCGCUUUUUCUUCUCUUGGAUCUCUUCAAAAACUACGUCUCACCAGAAAUCGCAUCCGUCACCUCCCUGAUAACUUGUUCAAGAAUAAUUUAAAAUUGAGUCAUUUGGACCUGAGUGAAAACGAUCUGACAGUUGUGACGGAUGUUCAACUUCAAGGUCCAGAGUUCCUCGAAAUUUUGAAUCUGGAUAAAAACCAUAUUUUUUGUUUGGAAAACAAUGUAAUCUCUUCAUGGGCUUCUUUGGAAGUGCUCACACUCAAUGGAAACAGAUUAACAACAUUUGAAGAGCCCUCCAAUGCUCGAUUUAGGCAAUUGGAACUAUUCAAUAACCCAUGGAAUUGUGACUGCCGAUUGAGAUGGAUGAAAAAGUGGCUGGAGAAACAGGAGGGAACUAACAAAACCGUUUGUUCGACUCCAUUAAACCUCCAAGGGUCAUCAAUUCAAAAUCUGCAAGAUGAGUUCAUGACAUGUUCCGGAAAUCGAAAACGGCGUUACAAGAAGACUUGUGAGAACGCAGAAAUCUGUCCACUCCCGUGUACAUGCACUGGGACUACUGUAGAUUGUAGAGAAUCUGGACUGACCUAUGUUCCCACGAAUCUACCGCCAUCUACAACUGAAAUACGACUCGAGCAAAAUCAAAUUUCAUCGAUUCCAUCGAACUCGUUCAAUAAUUUGAAAAAUUUGACCAGAUUAGAUUUGAGUAAAAACGUGAUCACCGAGAUAUUCCCGAAAGCUUUCUAUGGCCUACAAAAUCUGCAUACACUUGUGCUCUACGGGAACAAUAUCACUGAUUUGAAAUCGGAUACUUUUGAAGGUCUUGGAAGUUUACAAUUAUUACUGCUCAAUGCCAAUCAACUGACAUGUAUUCGGAGGGGGACUUUUGAUCAUGUUCCGAAAUUGAACAUGUUAUCAUUAUAUGAUAAUAAUAUCAGGUCUAUAAGUGAAGUCACAUUCAAAAAUUUGACAAGUCUGAGUACAUUACAUUUGGCAAAGAACCCGUUAAUCUGUGAUUGUAAUUUGCAAUGGUUGUCACAAUUGAACUUACAAAAGAAUAUCGAAACAAGUGGAGCAAGAUGUGAACAACCGAAGCGUCUCAGGAAAAAGAAGUUUGCGACAUUACCACCGAAUAAGUUCAAAUGCAAAGGUUCCGAAUCAUUUAUCACCAAACUUGCGGAUUCUUGCUUCAUCGACUCAAUCUGCCCAACUCAAUGCGACUGCUAUGGAACUACUGUUGACUGCAACAAACGAGGCCUUACUGCGAUCCCACCUGCCAUUCCUCAAUUCACCACUCAUCUUCUUUUAUCUGGAAACAAUAUAACUACCGUCGACUUGACCUCAAAUACUCAGUUGCUAGAGAAUUUAGAAGUUCUGGAUAUCUCGAGUAACCUUAUCACCAACAUCAAUGACAAAAGUUUUGAUAAACUAAAAAAACUGAGAGAGCUGCGAUUGAAUGAAAACAAGCUUCACCACUUUUCAAGUUCAGUUCUGGAUGAAAAAUCCAGUUUGGAGAUUUUAGAUCUCUCUGACAAUAACAUCCAAUGUUUUUCGUCGAUAUUUUUCAACAAAACGCCAAGAAUAAAAGAAAUCCUAGUUCUCGGCAAUAAUUUGCUCUGCGACUGUCGAAUUCUACCCCUCAUGUCUUGGUUGAGAUCAAAUUCUAGUCAUAUCAUUGAUGUCCCGCCAUGCCAGCAAUUCCUUCAUAGUGAUGAGGAAUCAGACAGGCAACGGUGUGCAGCAUUACCCGAAGAAACGUGUUCUGAUGACAGUAAUCUAUGCCCUCCAAAGUGUUCUUGCUUGGAUCGUGUUGUCCGCUGCUCCAACAAGAAUUUGACGAGUUUUCCAAGCAGAAUUCCAUUUGACACUACUGAACUCUAUCUGGAUGCAAAUUAUAUCAACGAAAUUCCAGCUCACGAUUUGAAUCGGUUGUACUACUUGACUAAACUAGAUUUGUCACAUAACCGACUGAUCUCUUUGGAGAACAACACAUUCUCAAAUCUAACUAGACUGUCGACAUUGAUAAUUAGUUAUAACAAGCUGCGGUGCCUCCAACCACAUGCAUUCAAUGGACUUAAUUCCCUUCGCAUUCUUUCAUUGCAUGGAAACGAUAUAUCAUUCCUCCCUGAAUCUGCAUUCAUGAAUCUUACCAGCAUCACUCAUAUAGCGGUUGGAAGUAAUUCUUUAUACUGUGACUGCAACCUGGCUUGGUUUUCAAAAUGGAUCAAGUCGAAAUUCAUCGAAGCUGGAAUAGCAAGAUGUGAAUAUCCAGUUAGUCUUGGGAACCAACUCUUGCUUACUGCUCAACCAUACCAGUUCACAUGCGACUCAAAAGUGCCAACCAAGCUAGCCACCAAAUGUGAUCUCUGUCUGAACUCUCCAUGCAAAAACAACGCUAUCUGUGAAACCACCAGUAGUAAGAAGUACACUUGCAACUGCACACCAGGAUUCUAUGGUGUUCAUUGUGAAAACCAAAUUGAUGCGUGUUAUGGGUCCCCAUGUCUGAAUAAUGCGACAUGUAAAGUAGCGCAAGCUGGUCGGUUCUCAUGUUACUGCAGAAAAGGAUUUGAAGGAGACUAUUGUGAGAAAAAUAUUGAUGACUGUGUGAACUCCAAGUGCGAGAAUGGUGGAAAGUGUAUGGAUUUGGUGAACUCCUAUCGCUGUGAAUGCCCUCUUGAAUAUGAUGGAAAGUAUUGUGAAGACAAACUCGAGUACUGUACCAAAAAACUGAACCCAUGUGAGAACAAUGGGAAAUGUAUGAAGACUAAUGGGACUUACAGCUGUCUCUGCCCUCCUGGUUUCUCCGGGAAGAACUGCGAGACAAAUAUCGACGACUGUGAAAAAGUGAACUGUCAGAAUGGCGGAAGUUGUGUGGAUGGAAUCUUAUCCUACGAGUGCGUCUGUCUUCCGGGCUAUGCUGGGCAGUAUUGUGAGAUCCCACCAAUGAUGGACAUGGAAUACCAGAAGACUGAUGCCUGUCAACAGUCAACUUGUGGGCAGGGUGAAUGUAUCACCAAUGCAAAUUCAUCUGAGUUCAUCUGCAAGUGCUAUGAAGGUUUCAGUGGUCCAAGUUGUGACAAACAGACCUCUGUUGGAUUCAAGUCUCCAGGGUCUUACCUAGCAUUAGACCCGCUGACUAGUGAUGGAAAUGUAACAAUGACUCUGAGAACUUCUGCCAAAACCGGCAUAAUUUUGUACUACGGUGACGAUCAUUUUGUGUCUGCUGAAUUGUAUGAUGGUAGAGUCAAGCUGGUGUAUUAUAUUGGAAAUUUCCCAGCAAGUCAUAUGUAUAGUUCAGUGAAAGUUAAUGACGGUCUCCCGCACAGAAUUUCUAUAAGAACAUCAGAAAGAAAGUGUUACCUCCAAAUUGACAACAAUGAUGUGCAAGUGGUUGAGAAUAGUGGAAAAUCUGAUGAGCUUAGUACAAAAGGAAAAGAAAUGCUGUUUAUUGGUGGACUACCUGAGGAAAAAGCGGAGAAUGCAAAGAACAGGUUCCAUGUCAAGAGUACUGAAAGUUUCAAAGGUUGCAUAAGUUUGAUCACCGUCAAUGAAGAGCCCGUCGAUUUGAAACAUGCUUUGCAAAAUGUGAACACAGAGACAAGUUGUUCAGCUACAGUAAACUUCUGCACUGGAAUCGACUGUGGAAACGGAAAAUGCGUCAAUAACGCUCUAUCACCAAAAGGUUACAUGUGUCAAUGCGAUUCACAUUAUUCUGGAGAGUACUGUGAUGAAAAGAGGAUCAAAUGUGACAAGCAAAAGUUUAGAAGGUACCACAUCGAAAACGACUGCCGAUCGGUUGAUAGAAUCAAGAUAGCAGAGUGCAAUGGCUAUUGUGGUGGCGAGCAGAAUUGCUGUACCGCUGUAAAAACCAAACAAAGAAAAGUGAAAAUGAUGUGCAAAAAUGGGACAACAAAAAUCUCCACGGUACACAUCAUCCGUCAGUGCCAAUGUGAAGCAGCCAAGAGUUUCCUCACCAGACGAUGA